UAACGGACCGGACCCUGUACUAUUAUAGUAUAUUGUAUAAAAAUGGAUUGUUGUGGAGGAGUUGAAGUUGAAGAAAACAAUUUGGUCUCUACUUUCAAACUCUUGCGAGCUGGGUCAUGUGUGUAAAUCAUUUCGCCAUAUCGAUGACGACUAAAAGGGCAAUUUCUAAAGCCCCACUUUAAAAAAUGAACUAGCUCACUUUCCCUUCCCCCACUUUCUGUACCCAACCAAUAAUUCUUUGGAAGCAAAAUCCCUCUUUUCCACCCAUCCCUCAGAGAGAUGCUGCCCGGAGCAGAGAACCCUACGGCCAGCGCCGGCAGCACCUGCCACGUGUUAGCUAUGCCAUACCCGGGCAGAGGCCACAUCAACCCAAUGAUGAACCUCUGCCGCAGCUUGUCUUCCAAACACCCCAACAUCCUAAUCACCUUCGUCGUCACCGAAGAAUGGCUCGCCUUGAUCGGUCCUGAUCACAAAGCUGCAGCGGAGAGCGAUAAGAUCCGGUUUGCCACCGUCCCCAACGUAAUCCCUUCCGAGCUAGUGCGGGCCAAGGAUUUCCCUGGGUUCGUGAAAGCAGUCACCACGAAGCUGCAAGCUCCGUUCGAGAUGGUUCUCGAUGAGCUGGAGCUCGAGCUGCCGGUGAACACCAUCAUCGCCGACACGUACUUGCUGUGGAUGAGCGAAGUUGGGAAUCGCCGGGGAAUUCCAGUGGCGUCGCUGUGGACGAUGUCGGCCUCUGUUUUCUCCGUGUUUAUCCACUUUGACCUCCUCCGUCAACACCGUCAUUACCCAAUCGAGGAUUUCUCAGGGGUUGGAGAAGAGACGGUGGAUUACAUACCAGGGCUUCCACCGACGCCAAUCUCAGAUCUGGUACCGUUCAUCAGCGAAGCCAGCCGGCAAGUCCUGCCGGUGGCGCUGGAAUGCAUUUCCCUCGUCUCCAGAGUCCAGUGCCUCCUCUUCACUUCGCCUUACGAGUUCGAACCGAACCUCUUCGAUGCUCUAAAACGCCAUUUUGCAUUCUCGGUAUACCCAAUUGGGCCCUCCAUCCCGUAUCUGAAGCUUCAGGCGGAGGACACCAUUAUCAAUGUCCAAUACCUUCAGUGGCUAGACGCUCAGCCCAAGGCCUCGGUGCUCUAUGUCUCAAUGGGCAGCUUCCUCUCUGCCUCAAAACAACAAACGGAAGAAAUCGUCGCCGGCGUGAAGAACAGCGGCGUUCCCUUCCUGCUGGUCUCUCGAGGAGACGGAACAAUCGGCGGCGGCGGCGAAAGACGUGGGGAGGGAAUGGCGGUGCCGUGGUGCGACCAAUUGAGGGUGCUCUGCCAUGACUCUGUUGGAGGGUUCUGGACGCAUUGCGGGUUGAAUUCGACGCUGGAAGCUGUGUUUGCCGGAGUUCCGAUGCUGUGUUGGCCUUUGGCGUGGGAUCAAAUCCCUAAUUGCAAGUCGAUUGUGGAUGACUGGAAAGUUGGACGUAGGGCAAGGAAGAGAUGGGUCAGCGGCGGCGAGGAGUUGGUGACGCGUGAUGAAGUUGCGGAUAUGGUGAGGCGUUUUAUGGAUUCGGAGAACGGUGAGGUGAAGGGGAUGAGGGAGAGGGCGUCGGAGCUCCGGGGGGUUUUCCGGGCGGCGGUUGCAGAUGGAGGAUCAUCGGAUGUUGGCCUGGAUUGCUUUGUUAAAGACAUCUCUAACCAGUUCCGGGCCAGUUAACGAGAUUAGUAAACAAAUUAGUCUAGCAAUUUGGACCAGGCCUUAGGCCCAGCCCAUAUACGUAGUUUAUCACUUC